AUGUCCAUCACUCACAUCGUACUCUUCACGUUCAAAGCUGGCACCGACGCCCACGUUAUCAAAGACGUGAGAACAUCCCUCGACAACAACCCUCACUUUCAUGCUCUUGCCCUUGUCUCUCCCAACAUUGCACUAGACAGACGAAGUCCUUCCAGAGCAGCAGGUCUCACAUGCGAUCGGAUGCUCGCUCUCAAAGACAAGUGUGUACAUCCCACUACCAAUCAAUCUUACAUCAAGUCUUCCUCGGGAGGAAGCGACAACUCCAUCGAAGGUCUACAGGCCGGCAUAACACAUGCUUUCGUCGUCGAAUUCGCCAGCGCCGAGGAUCGAGAUUAUUAUGUGAAGGAAGAUCCGGCGCAUCGGGAGUUUGUUAAGAGUCUCGAUGGCGUGCUGGAAAAGGGUCAGGUGAUUGACUAUACUCCGGGCGUCUUUGCCAGCGCAUAA